AUGGCGGAUAUGAACCUGCCAUUACCGGAAUAUGAUGCCGGGCUCGAGUAUUUCCGGUUUAGUAACCGGCCAAUUCCCACACAACCCGUUACCUAUAAUAUUGAAGGUGACUGGAGCAGUGCCGCCUUCCUCUUUGUGGCGGGUGCUAUUGCCGGUGAAAUUUCGGUAACCGGUCUGGACGUAUUCAGUGAGCAGGGCGACAAGACCAUUAUGCAGGCCAUUAUGGAAACAGAAGGCGUUACGAUGGACCUUGUUUCUUUCGAAAAUCUUCCUGUUUAUAAUGGCGACCUGGACAAGCCAGCGGCAGCCGAGCGCCCCGAUGAAGUAGUGAAGUUUCGGGAAUUAUUGGCCAAGGCAGAUGGUUUUGUGAUUGCCACGCCCGAAUACAAUUACUCCAUCCCCGGCGGAUUAAAGAACGCCAUUGACUGGGCUUCCCGCGGACAGGAUUCUCCCUUGCUGAAUAAGGCAGUGGCGCUGAUGGGUGCUACACCCGGCCUUUGGGGAACAGUGCGUGCGCAAAAUGCAUUCCACCCGAUCUUCCAGGCACUCAACUGGACCAAUGUGCGCAAGCCGGAAGUUUUUGUAGCCAAUGCCGGUGAUAAAUUUAACUCCGAAGGUGUGCUCACCGAUGAGGCUACCAGGAAGAUUGUUGCGCAGCAACUGCAGGCGCUUAAAGAGAUUAUUACAGUCGCUUGCAGGCCCGCUAGGGGCUGA